UUAAUGCACUAGUGGGAGUGUUUAAUUUGAGUGUGGGGUCUGCUUUCUCUAGAGAGGACAGCUAUUUUCAUUACUCCUCACUGCUUUCCUGUUUUUUUUUUUUUGGCUUGGUUUUUCCUUAGUCCCCACCACUCCUUCAAGCUCAUUCAUGGCUUCUCUGGGCUCUCUUCUCUCUCUGUCUGCUGCCAUGCCUUCCUCUUUUCCUUUCUUACAUUCCCACACUUCUCUAUCUCCUUGACCAUUGCUUUAAUCUCUUCUCCACUUUUAGUUUUUUGUUUGUCUCGUCACGCAACCUUAUUUUUUAUCGAAGGAGAGAAGACAUGAGUGCUGGGGUGUCUCUCAAGCACCGCGUUAUCAUGUUUCUGCUUGAGCUGUUUGUGUUUUUUGCCUGCUUCCGUGAAUGUUUAUCCAGCCCACUGGAUCAUGUUAAAGGUUAUAUGUUAACAGACAGACGAGCAGAUGCUUUCGUACCUGAAAUUACUCCAAGUGCAUCUCCUCAGCCAUUUCUUCCUCUUCUUGCUCCCUCUCCAUUGUCACCCUUCACAAAUAGUUCUGUUCCUAAAUUAUCGGGACUUUGUAUUUUAAACUUCACUGCUGCUCAAAGCUUGAUGAGCAUGACCUCAAUCGAUUGUUGGGCUGCAUUUGCUCCAUUGUUAGCGAAUGUAAUAUGUUGCCCGCAGCUGCAUGCAACUCUUGUGAUUCUUGUUGGUCAAUCAAGUAAAGAUACUGGUGUGCUUGCUCUAAACAGAACCCUUGCCAACCCUUGCCUCUCUGAUAUUGAGAAAGUCUUGGAAGGCCAGGGUGCUGGUGAGAAUUUGAAGCAGAUUUGCUCAAUUCAUCCAUCAAACCUUACUGAAGCAUCUUGCCCUGUAAAAGAUGUUGAUGAAUUUGAGAGCACUGUAAAUUCUUCUGAGCUUCUUGCUUCAUGUGAAAAGAUUGAUCCUGUGAAAGAAUGUUGUGACCAAGUUUGUCAAGGUGCUAUAUCAGAAGCUGCAAUAAGGCUUGCACUGAAAGCUUCUGAUCCUUUGAACAUGGAUGUGCCCCAUGUUUUACCAGAGCACUCAACAAGGGUAAAUGAUUGUAAAACUGUUGUCCUUCGGUGGCUGGCAAGUAAACUUGAUCCUUAUCGAGCAAAGGAAGUUCUUAGAGGACUGACCAAUUGCAAUGUUAACAAAGUUUGCCCUCUCGUUUUCCCCAACAUGAGGCAUGUUGCAAACAGCUGCUGGAAUGGAAUAAAUAACCAGACAGCAUGUUGUGAUGCCAUGGAUAGUUAUGUUUCUCACUUGCAAAAGCAGACCCUGAUCACCAACUUACAAGCUUUGGAUUGUGCUACCUCACUAGGGUUGAAGCUACAGAAAUACAAUAUCACCAGAAAUGUUUAUAGCCAAUGUCACAUAAGCCUCAAGGAUUUCUCCCUCCAAGUUGGAAGUCAGGUAUCUGGAUGCCUCCUGCCAAGCUUGCCCUCUGAUGCGACAUUUGACAAGUUCUCUGGUAUUAGUUUCAUUUGCGAUCUAAAUGAUAAUAUUCCAGCUCCAUGGCCCACUCUGUCACUACUACCAGCUUCAUCAUGCAAAAAAUCUGUCAGAAUUCCUGCACUACCUGCAGCAACAAAUGCUCAAACUGGUCUUUACAAUGAAUAUGUUGCAGUUUAUCUUCUCAUUGCUUCUUCGAUGGCCAUAAUGAUGCUCGUCACAAUUCUAGUUUGAGGCCGAGUCAGUCUUUCUCCAUAACUGCAUGAUAUAACAUCGGUCUCUGUAAGUCUGAGCAUAACUGGAUGAAGUCUUCUCGAGAAAAGGUUUUACACUGUGAUACAGGCAUGACCCCCUGUUCAUCGAAAGUUAUCAGUAGUGACACUCUCAACCGGAGGUGGACUCACAUCGUGCAUCUGAUCAUAUUAAUUCGUGAUUCUUGCAUGUUUUGUGUAAUAAUAUUUUGUAAAGUAACUUGGGAGAAGAGAAAAGCUAUGUUGUAUCUAUAAGUAUUAGACAAUACCCUGUAAAUUUUGAUUGGAGAUUUAUAAGAAUCUUACUCUAUUUCUUGGGAGC